ACGUAAUUCUUCUUUGCGGAUUAGGUGCUGAUGUUAUGGGGGAAAUUAAUUAACCUAAAAAGUUUUGCAUCAAGUUUGACAUUAAAAAACAGUUAGUUUGCGAUACCUUAUGUAAAUUUUAUAAUAUCUUUUAUAUGUAAUAUCAUAACUGAAUAAAUCAGAAAUAAAGACAUAAAAUGGUGGACGUUCUAGAUAUUAAUGCUGCCGUAGAUAUAGACGUCGAAGACGAAGGUGACCAAAGCGUCCUCCGUUUGAAGGAUAAAGUAAUCAAGAGGAAAGGUAGAGGAUUUGGAGCUGGUGAAUCCCGAGAUUACGACAAGCUCAAAAGAUAUGAAACUAUAGAAUCCGAAGACGGGGACGAGCCAGGUCCUCAGAAAUCAGUAGAAGGUUGGAUUCUCUUUGUAACAUCGGUUCAUGAAGAAGCAACAGAAGAUGAUUUGACAGAGAAAUUUUCCGAGUUUGGUCCCAUUAAAAAUAUAAGUAUCAACUUAGAUAGAAGAACGGGUUUCCUGAAAGGUUAUGCACUGAUAGAGUAUAGCGAAUAUAAGGAGGCUGCAUCUGCUAGAGAAGCUUUAAAUGGGUCUAACUUGUUGGGCCAAACUAUCGGAGUAGACUGGUGCUUUGUGAAAGGGCCGAAAAAAUCUAAACGUAAGAGUAGAAAACAUUGAAAUAAUACCCUUGACAAUGUUUGAUUUAUGGAGGUAAUUUUUGUAUAUUUUCACAUUAUAAUAAAUCCAUUUGGACCUUC